UCUCACGUGAAUUUAGUAGAGCAGUAGUGGAGCUUCGCUCACUGGUGCAAGUUCAUCCGGGACGAAAUGACCGCCAGCGCCAUUUUCACCUCGACCUUUGCUUCAAAUUAUUUCCUCCACCCCAGACUCAUCACCUCCUCCACUCCACCCAUUCUUUCUCGCUCUUAGGUCAUCUUUCAAGAUGUUCAAGAGCGGCCUCUCCUCUUUCGCGAGAGCUGCCCGGCCGGCCUUCGCCGCCCCUACGAGGCGCGCGUUAAAGCCUGCUACCUCUGCAUUCAGAUUUCCUCUAAGCAGCCGAUUAGCGAGCACAUCCAGCGUCGGUGAUGGCAAGAUUUACCAGGUCAUCGGUGCCGUCGUCGAUGUCAAGUUCGACACUGCAAAGCUCCCUCCCAUUCUAAACGCUUUGGAGACAACGAACAACGGCCAAAAGCUUGUCCUCGAGGUCGCUCAACAUCUAGGUCAAAAUGUCGUCCGUUGCAUUGCUAUGGAUGGUACCGAGGGUCUUACUCGAGGCGCCAAGGCUAGCGACACUGGCGCCCCCAUCACAAUUCCCGUCGGCCCUGCCACUCUUGGUCGUAUCAUAAACGUCACUGGUGACCCCAUCGACGAGCGUGGCCCCAUUAAGACCGACAAAUUCCUCCCUAUCCACGCCGACCCUCCCGAGUUCAUUGAGCAAUCUACCUCUGCCGAAAUUCUGGUCACCGGUAUCAAGGUCGUCGACCUUUUGGCUCCCUAUGCUCGUGGUGGAAAGAUUGGUCUCUUCGGUGGUGCCGGUGUCGGUAAGACUGUGUUCAUUCAGGAGCUUAUCAACAACAUCGCCAAGGCUCACGGUGGUUACUCUGUCUUCACCGGUGUCGGCGAACGAACCCGUGAGGGUAACGAUCUGUACCACGAAAUGCAGGAGACUUCCGUCAUUCAACUCGACGGCGAAUCCAAGGUCGCCCUAGUGUUCGGUCAGAUGAACGAGCCCCCCGGAGCUCGUGCCCGUGUCGCUCUUACUGGAUUAACAAUCGCCGAGUACUUCCGAGACCAGGAAGGCCAGGAUGUGCUUCUCUUCAUCGACAACAUUUUCCGUUUCACCCAAGCCGGUUCCGAGGUGUCUGCCCUGCUAGGUCGUAUUCCCUCUGCCGUCGGAUACCAACCCACUCUCGCCAUUGAUAUGGGUGGUAUGCAAGAACGAAUUACUACCACCACCAAGGGUUCCAUUACCUCCGUCCAGGCCGUCUACGUCCCUGCUGACGAUUUGACUGAUCCUGCUCCCGCCACCACCUUCGCCCACUUGGACGCCACCACUGUGUUGUCCCGUGGUAUCUCUGAAUUGGGUAUCUACCCCGCUGUCGACCCUCUCGACUCCAAGUCCCGUAUGCUUGACCCUCGUGUCGUCGGUCAGGACCACUACGACACCGCCACCCGUGUCCAACAAAUCCUCCAGGAGUACAAGUCCCUCCAAGAUAUCAUUGCCAUUUUGGGUAUGGACGAACUGUCGGAAGCUGACAAGCUUACCGUCGAGCGCGCCCGAAAGAUCCAGCGUUUCUUGAGCCAGCCUUUCACUGUCGCCCAGGUUUUCACUGGUAUCGAGGGUAAGCUAGUCGAUCUUAAGGACACCAUUGCCUCCUUCAAGGCCAUCUUGGCUGGUGAGGGUGAUGACCUCCCCGAAGGUGCCUUCUACAUGGUUGGCGACUUUGCGUCGGCUAAGGAGAAGGGUGAGAAGAUCUUGGCGGAACUGGAGAAGUCAUAGGGGGAUAAUAUGGACUGCUAUGAAAUAGACGCUGCCGAAAAGAUAGGUGGUGACCUGUGUAUAUCUAGAAAAGGAGCAGUGCGGUCUGAUGAUUUCCCUUAGCUUCAAUCAAGUUCCUGCGUGAGCUGUAUACCUCAAAAUUCCACCCUAAUUUCCUAAACGUUGGAUGAUCCUCGAUGUAUUUACGUGAUUUGAUACAAGCCCUGGGACAAGUCUACGGUGUAUUCGUAAUCCACAGACCACAUGAAUCCACGUUAGUUACGAGGUUAAUGGCGGCUUAUUUAACAGAUUAACAGAUUAACUAUAAACCUCUCGAAGAGGCUCAAAAUGAAGCAGUACAUGGACAAGGGAUAUUCCGGGAUAGGUGUUGAGCUAUAAGUGCACUAUUGUAACCCUUAGCCUGUCGUAAGGAAACUGCCUGACUAGUAACGUACGAGUCGCUUCCUCUGUAGCCCCCGUAUUCAUUAAGUUAUCGUCAAGGAAUGGCCUGGUCUAGUCAGGAUGAACGGCAAUGUUCCAAAGAUGUGCGGCAAGAGACAUGUGUAAUAUAGUAGUAAAA